AUGUAUAGUGUGAAUAGCUCAGAGACUGCCCAGCUACAAAGAUUUCCACCUGUGAUAGAACCUGAUCAGCAAAGGCCUUGGCAGAGGUUCUCCUCAGCUCCAGCAAAGAGUGGUACAGCGAGUACUUUUGACCACAGCAUACAUUUUGGGAAGAGGAUUAUUGCCAAAGAUGGGCUAACAGAGAAGGGCUUCUGUCCUGGCAAGGUAACACCUGAUCAAAGCUGAGCCAUCAUUGCUUCUGUUAGGUGCAUCUUGGACAGAGAAAAUAAUUUUGUGAGGGAGGCGGACAGGUAUUUGAAGCAUAGUGAUUUUUUAAAUCUGAGAAAGAAGGAGAUCCUGUACAAGAAAUGGCUUGAGGAUGUUUCAGAGCCAGUGCUGCAGAAAAUUGAGGACAAAAUGAACAGCCAGUCAAUUGAGGAAAUACGGAAAAGGAAACAAUGACAACUCUCUCAGUAUUUAAACUACUGUAAAAAGAAGGGCUAUGUGGUUUUGGAAGAUUAUGACCCAUCAAAGUACAAUCCAUUCUUCCUGAAGACAUGCACAGACUGCUGGAAGGUUUCAGUACCAACUUUAUAGGAUCCUCUGUUAAAAGACACCGAAAGAAAGUUUAUUGGGGCAGGCAUUAUCAAGCAGUGUGAGACAGGAAGACCAUGCUCUUCCAGGGAGCUGGAUGAACGCUGCAAGGCAGAGCUGCCGCUGCUGCCUUUGGGCCGGCAGCAUGUGGGUGCACUCGAGUGGCUGAAGAUCCCACAUGCCUACAUGGCCAGUGAGGUGCACAAAACAAGGAGGCUGAAAUUCCUCAACCACCACAAUGAGAUUGAGAGCCGACGAUGUCACCUGUCCUCCAGCUCAGCACAGCAGCAAGCACAGCCCUCAGAAGGCACCCUGUGCAAAAUAUGCUACAUCUGCUGCCAAAGCAAAUGA